CGAACCUCUCACACGCUGGCUCGUGCGCACAACCAGCUGCAGACCUACUAACGGCUGGUUUGUGAGAAGAAAAAGAAACUUUAACCGGAUAACUUGGACUUUUUUAGAUGUUUUUAACGGUUUAAAGUGUUUUUUACUGCUCUACGACGACAAUAAAAGGAUGGCGGAGGAAGCUGAGCGAUAAACACGCAGAGGGAAAUUAACCUUAUCGUGUGUAAGCUAACCUGCGUUAAGUUAAAGGGGGAGAGCGACCACAGAGACGUUAACGACAAUAAUGAGGGAGACUCCAUCCAGAAAGCAUCAGCACUUGUCAAAGGAGAUUUUGCUGUGGUUUAAGAUUCCUUACCAGCGAUCUUUGGGAGUAACCACAGAUCAUCUUCAUCAUCGGCGUCAUCUUAAUCUAUUUUGCUGAUAUCUUUUUAGCUGUAGGAGAGGAUUCAAAACAGAGGAGCUGGACUCUUGUUGGAGCAAAAUUGCCAGAUUUUUCUUUGUGUUUUAAUUCAUUUAAUCUGACACACAGACAAAGGUGCACAGAUAUAAACAAGGAAAAGACAAAGAAGUAAACACUAUCCCAGUUUGCACUUAUCAUGUAGACGAGGUGAGAGACAGCCAGAAAAAGCGAAGUGACAAGUGGAUAGACGGCGAGAUCCCUCACACUCACACGGGUCACAAUGCCAGAUGAGUCGCAAGGUUUUCAGGAAAAGGGGAUGCCUGGAGAGGAAGCACCACAGGUGUCUUUAGUACCCAACAUUGUGGUCAUCUCCAGUGAUGGAGAGGGCAAAAUCCCUGGAGGCAAUAUCCUGGAGCUUGACGACUUUGGUAAAACAAAAGACGGGGUGAAACAGUCAGCACAAAGCAGUGACAUUUUGCAAGCAAACGACAGGAGUGAUGCCGCAUUAAAUGCAAUCAAUCCCACAGGCGGGAGCCAGUCAGGACUCAGUGACUCCCAGGUUUUCGUAGAGGUCGGUGUGGCUAAAACAGCACACGCACCUGAACCUCUCAAGGCCGAUUCUUUGUUGAAGGGAACAGGUGUGACCCCGCAGGCUACGGGUCAUGAUUCCCCUGACAAAUCAUCCUCUGAUAGGCUACAAACUGACACCAGUAGCUCAGCGCAAACGAACGGCUACAGUGACUCUGACUACAGCAGCGCAAAAUCCAGCCCUGGUUACAACGGCACUAGUUUCAGCACUGACCUCUGUGACGAGGAGUUAUCCGAGCUCGACCGAAGCUCCUGUGAAAAGACGAACCAUACCUCUCCUGUCAAUUUCUCAGAGCCCAGUUUAGACUCCUCUAUUAAAAACACCAAAAACAGUCCAGACGAUGACAGAGGCGAUUCCAAAACAGACUUUCCUGUUAAACCAAAAUCAGUGGACUCACCUUGCUGCAGUUCGCCCGCAUAUACCGAAGUUUCAUUCGCUCAAACAAGGAGCAGCAUCGAUGUCAGGUGGGACGACGAAUACGGAAACGAGGACGAAUGCGAGGACAGGCGAAGCACCCGGUCCAGGCAGAGUGUGAAAGAGGGGAUGUGUUGCUGCUAUCAGGCGUUCAGCAGGGCUUGUCUGCAGUGCGUGGAGGAGACUCCGGCCAUGCUGUCUGGACUGGUGCUGUCUCUGGCUUUCUGUGUGGCCAUCAUCGUCCUCAUUCCCACCACAGGAAGGAAAAUCGACGUCCACGUAGGUGCUCUGUCAGUGUUGUGUGUGGUUCUUUGUCUGAGUGCCGCCCUGCUCGUCUGCCUGCCCUGGCUGGCCACAGUGAGGCGCUGCGGAGGAGCCCUGGCCCUCUUCGUCUGGGGAACGCUGUACAUCGUCGCCAUUGUCUUCAUCUUCACUGGGGGACCCGUCACCACGUGGGAACAGGUGGCGUUUUUCCUCUUCCUCUCUGUGAGUGUGUACACAGUGCUGCCUCUGUCUAUGGCCUGGGCCCUCAUGGUGGGGAUUGGGACCAGCCUUUCACACAUCAUCAUCAUCAGUGUCUAUGUCCCCGUCACAAGCCCGAAGACACCGGACCUAGCUGUGCAGCUGGUGGCAAAUGCAGUCCUGUUUGUGUGUGUGAACUGCGUCGGGAUCUUUCACCUGUGGAUGACCGAGCACGAUCUGAGGAUAUCCAAUCAGAAGAGAGAGGAGUUCAGCGCCAUUCGCUCUCAGAAGGAAAUCAGGAAAUAUCAGCAGGAGCAGCUCCUCCUGUCGAUAUUGCCUCGGUACAUCGCCAUUGAGCUGAAAACGGAGGUGAUAAAGAGGCUCGUCAAGCCCAAGGGCGACGAGGAGAAUGAAUCCAAAUCCCACAACUUUCACAGCCUCUACAUACGGAAGCACAGAGAUGUCAGCAUCCUGUACGCAGACAUCGUGGGCUUCACAAAGCUGGCGAGUACCUGCUCACCAGAGGAGCUGGUCGCUGUGCUCAACAAGCUCUUUGGCAGAUUUGACGACAUCGCCAAGAAGAAUGGGUGUCUUCGCAUUAAGAUCCUUGGUGACUGCUACUACUGUGUGUCUGGCCUACCUGACCCUAUUCCCACCCACGCCAGGAACUGUGUUCAGAUGGGGCUGGACAUGUGCACCGCCAUCAGUAAACUGCGCGAGGCGACGGGGGUUGAGAUCAGCAUGCGCGUCGGCGUUCACACCGGCAACGUGCUCUGUGGUGUGAUUGGCUUGCAGAAGUGGCAGUACGACGUGUGGUCACACGACGUCACGCUAGCCAACCACAUGGAGUCCGGAGGUCUACCUGAGCGAGUCCACAUCACAGAGGAGACUCUGCAGCACUUGAACGGGGCGUAUGAAGUGGAGAUUGGAGACGGGGGGAGUCGGGAUCCUCUGCUUCAAGGAAGAACAACCUACCUUGUUAUUGACCCACAGAAGUCGGCCAGCGUCUCCAGGAGACCUAAAUCGGGAAACACUCUCUCAUCAGGAGAGAACAGGCAGCGAGCGUCGGUCCGGAUGUCCCAGUACCUGCAGUCCUGGCGGAGCAUCCACCCCUUCGCAGACCUGAGUAACCCUGACGCCAAGUCCUCCAAGAAGCCAAUCAGUCCCAUUAAUGCUGCCAUGAACCAGUCGCAGCUCUCUGCAGAGAGACCACUUUGCCAGACGAACAGCUGUUUGGUUGUGGAUAAUGAUGUUAGGGGAUCCCUGGACCCGCUGGACAGUGCAGGGAGGAGGCUGAAGAAGCUCAACUGUUUGACUCUGCUCUUCAACGACCUGAGCCUGGAGAGAAAGUUCCGCCUCUCAGAAGUAAAAGGUUUGCACCAUUCAAUGAGCUGCAUUGCUUUGAUCUUCGUUACUAAUUUCGCUGUCCAGAUGCUCGUCUCUGAGAAAAACUUUGAGAUAGCCGUGUCGUACAGUGUGACCUUCCCUGUGCUGGUGCUGCUUCUGUCCAUUGCUUUCACUGGAUACUUGGAGAAGUGGCGUUCCAAGAUGCCACUGAGUGUUCAGUGGAUAUCGGGGCUGUCCCGCAGUGUCUCCACGAGGGCGGCGCUACGAGUGUUUGUUGUCACCCUCUGCGUGCUCAUCACCCUGCUUAUGGCCAUCCUCAACUUUUUUUUCCUCCCAGGACACAACUGCACGGCGAUUACCAACCAGACAGAGCUGGAGGGUCUCAAACUCUACACCGUGCCUUACUACCUGUACUGCUGCUUGCUGGCCAUGCUGGGAGUGAUUGUGUUCGUCAGGACGUGCCUGUCUCUGAAGGCGCUGCUGCUCACCCUGGCUGUGGUGGUUUACCUGGCCCUCUUCCUCCACGUCUAUGCCCCGAGGUCCUACUGCCUCAUCGACCUGCUUCACAACGACUCCAUGCCGGGAGUGCUGAAGGACCCUCAGAUCAUGUCCGGGGUGUGGCUUGUCAUCUUUUACGUCAUAUGCCUCAUACUGGCCAGACAGGACGAGCUGAGCAGCCGUGUGGACUUCCUGUUGGAUCACUGCUUCCAGACUGAAAAGGAGGACAUGGAGACCAUGGAGAACGUCAACAAGCUCCUCCUUCAGAACGUCCUGCCGCUCCACGUUGCCUCCUUCUUCAUGGGCAAAACUAUUCGCAACCAGGACCUGUACAGUCAGUCCUAUGACUGUGUGUGUGUGAUGUUCGCCUCGGUGCCUCAGUUCAAAGAGUUUUACAGCGAGAGCAGCGCCAACAGGGACGGCCUGGAGUGUCUGCGCUUCCUCAACGAGAUCAUAUCAGACUUUGACGAGCUUCUCUCGAAGCCCAAAUUCUGCUCGGUGGAGAAGAUAAAGACGAUCGGCAGUACGUACAUGGCUGCUGCGGGGCUGACACAUGCGCCUCAAGGAGAUGAGCAAAAGAAAGUUGAGAUGUCCUACAGCCACGUGCGCUCCAUGGUGGAGUUUGCCAUCGCUCUGAUGGGCAAACUGGAGCUCAUAAACACACACUCUUUUAACAGCUUCAAACUCAGGAUCGGAAUAAACCAUGGUUCAGUGAUUGCGGGCGUGAUCGGAGCUCAUAAACCUCAGUAUGAUAUCUGGGGGAACUCUGUGAAUGUGGCCAGCAGGAUGGAUAGCACAGGAGUGGAGGACAAGAUACAGGUGACAGAGGAGACGGCCCAGAUGGUGGAGAGCGUGGGAUACAGCGUCACCCUCAGAGGAGUCGUCAACGUCAAGGGCAAGGGACAACUCACCACCUACUUUAUUAACACGGACCAGUCGUCUCCUCAGUUCUGACCUCACACAGGGUCAAAACCCGAGCUGCAAAACUUGUGACCCAUGUACCACAUGGGAUGGUCUAACCUGACACUAGAGCUGCCUUUGUCUUUGGGAUGAGACGUUAAACAAUAUCCUGACCGGUUAAAUGAAGACUACAAGUGGCGACUGAAAGCAGAGAGCUUUCUACUCAUGGGCCAUUUAAUGGCGAAGCAUGUUGCUCACUCUAUCCGUAUCUGUACUGUAUGUGGGUCAUCCUGUGAGCCUACAGGUGGGCGGGUCAAGUCCCCCACCGCACACUUCUUCUUACUGUAUUAUUCUGAGAACAUAUAAUCUGAAUGAUGUGUUUUAUUAUGGUUCACUUAACAUGGCUGAAUCACAUGCGCUGUCCAACAGUGUUCAUGUACGGUUAAUUUAUUGGAAAAAGUAUGGUAUCCAUCUGAGAUGUGCCGAAGAUUUAUUGUUUUAUGAAGGAUAUAGAGAUAUUUUUUCACUCCAUUGUGGUUUCACUGUGGUACAGAAUUUAUGAUUUAGCCUUUUUUUGUUGUUUGAAUAUUAUGUGUCAUAGUAUGUUGGUACAAAACACUGUGUCUUUGAAUGUAGGCAGCAGAUAUGUGCGUACUUGAAACGGUUCGUGAUACUGAUUGGUCUUCUCAGCUGGUUCCCAACUUCCAAGAGGUGGCGAGAUAAAUCGGAGGGGGAGUCACAGCGUAGAAGAGAAGAAAAAUUUGUACUGUAUAAAAUGUAUUACAUUCCUAUGAAAAAAACUCUCACUGCACUAACAUGUAAAAGUAGACUCUGCUGUAUGUCAAGUGUCAUAACUAAGUAAGGUAAGAGACUAUGGUUGAUGGUCUGAUUGCUCACCGCUGGACCUGGAGAGAUUUAAAGCAGCCAUGUAAUUUUAAAUCAUGGUUUCUAUACUCCUGCCCAAAACUGACACUUGUAUCACAUCUGCACGCAGGCAUAAUGAUGUGCCAUGAAACGUCACAUAAUGCACAUCUGACUUUGCACUUUCUAAAAUGCUCUAUUUUUUAAAUGGAGUUCUGCAUUACUGUUUAUUGAAUAUUUCUCCUUUUCUUUAUAUUUCAGUGAGGUGUGAAUGUAAAAGAAUGUUAAGCAUAGGGAAAUAUUUUUCUAUUCUAUUUAUAAACUAAUAAUAAAAAAA